AUUUGAAGAAGUUUACGCUCUAGUAAUUUACAUUUCGUAAAGGAACCAGGAUAAUCGCGCCAAAAAGAACACAAGUUUAUUUAAACCACGACAUAGGUGGUUUACAAAGGAUCUCUCUUGCGACCUAAAAGCAACAGUGUGAAAGAGGGACUCUAAAAACGUCGCUACAAAAUUUCUCUUAACGAGGAAGUCUAUUUAUUGAGGACCUCAUAUUGGAGCUGUUUAUCACGAAGAUCAUAUCUUAUGCUGAUCUGUUUGUGCCUGAUCCUUUUACAAGUUGAUUACAGAAAGCUUCUUUUCACUGUCUUUGCCCCUGGCGUUUGCGACGAGCACAAAUAGAAUUUAGAGGCAAGUGUUUGGUUUAUUUUUUGAGGUUUUUGGUGUACCUAUUGCCGCCUGGAGCCUAAGAUUACAACUUAUAAUCUGCUGCUUUCAUCCACAGAUCUGUAAACAGCUGGAGCAGUAUUUGCAGCAAGAAGUCGGCGGGACACUAUGAAAAGAUGAAACCCGACAUAUCUAGCGCGAGACGUCCUCGUCUGAUGUUCAUCUUGCUAGUGGUGGUGUUAGCUUCUUUGAGAUUUGAAAGUAAGUAAUCUGAUAAAAUCACAUGAAUAGACUUAGUUAGAGUACUGAGGUCCGUGUGAUCCUUUGGUUUACAUACUAUAUGUACAUUAUGAGUACUUAUGUUGUUAUAGGGAAACCUGUUUGCCAAAAUCUUGUAGGCCAUUUCCAGUAUUGAAGUGUUUCGAGAAAUUUUCAUACGCAGAAUAAUAUAUUGCACAUGUACCUAUAUUUGUGAAUGUGAAUAUACCGUAACGCUCAGUAUUGAUGAAAGCGCUUAAAUUUUUCAGCUUUAGACACUUAUUGCGAAUAGAAAGCAACGCAAGAAUUAAGGAAGACAAUUUUGCAAGGAAUUAAAGUUCAAGACUCGAAUGUGCCAGGUGUUGAGACUGGUAGCAUUUUUUCCUCUUUACUUGCUUAAACAACCUGUCACCAUUUUCCGCAAUGUCUUGAAAGGUUUGGACACCGUUUUACUGAUAAGGUAAAAGCUUCGCAAUUUGUUACUUUAUAUGUAGUCUUCGUUGUCUCAAUUUCGCUGUAUCAUUGUCUUGAGGUGCUAAAGAGGUGUUAAAAUUUAGUUACGUAAUGGCUCGGUUAACAGUUCAAAACCCUGCCCAACAUAAAUUCAAUAUAAAAAACUUUCUCUUUUUUCUGAGGGUAUUAUAUAUUCAAAAGAAGACGGCAAACAUUAAGAUCCAACAGUUGAAGUAUAUGAACAACUCAUUUAAUAAAACUCUACAAGUUAGCUUUGUAUCAAGACUACUAUUCUCCGCGAGAAUUCUUCUGCUAACAGCUGUAGGAAGGGUAGUAAAUCCUCGCGAACAACCUGCCACUUGGACGACCACACAUGCCCCCAUGGACAAAUUUGCUUUUUAUAUGCCUUCUUUUAAACUGUUCUCUCAAGACUAUUACAUUCAAUGUAUAUUUUGCGAAUAAUACAGUGUAGGUAAAACUACUGUCUCGCAUGGCUGCCUUGUGUUAUAUUGGCCAUUGAAAUGAUCUUCCACCAGCAUUUUUACUCGGAGACAGGAUCGAUAUCGCUUAUUAAAAACCGGACCAUUUUGCGAGUUAUUUGAUUGAGAAACCCGCGUUCAUGUAAUAGUUUAGACUACUUCUGAUGGUCAUUUCUCUUAAAACACGACAGAUUUUAUUUCCUUCACAAAGCGGUACCGCUUUGAAGAUGCAAUUCAAACGAGCCUUUUGGCAAGUUGUUUUGACGUUACUAGAGGGUUGCUAGGAAACAAAAAUUUUUAUAAAAAAUUAAUUGUAGCUCGCUUUACAUCUCCUUCCUAGGUUUUUGGAAUUUAGGAUAUAGUACGCGUUUUUAUACGGUAAUAUUGUUUUUAUCCUGGAUAAGGGUUCUGUUGCGAAAGUUUAAUACAUCUGUCUAGCGUUAACGCGCAUUGAGAAUAAGAUUCGUGAGAAAUCGUAAGCAUUCCGGCCCAGAGUACAGACAACGAAUUGAGUUUACUAAGGUCCUGCCGGGUCAAAGUAAUUUACCGAAACUUCCAAUAAAUUUAAAAGCAAUAAAAGAGAUUGAAUGUUUGGCCAUGGUUGAAAGGGCAGAUAUAGAAAUUAGUGAAUUUCUUGACGGGCAGUAAAUUACUGUAUUUCUCCGUACGCGAUAAAGUUUAUCUUUAUCACUGCUCGUUUUUACCUUGAAUCAGGGGCAACCAACGACUGUUUUCUGUAAAAUAUCUGUUCGGAGGAGCAAAUAUGGCCUAGAAUUUUCUAUUGCUUCAAAAAUGCUUAAAAUUUCUAGAAGAAUUUUCCAUUCAUGUUCAAUUUUCGAAGCUUAUCUAAUACUUUUCCUUACGAUUUUAUGAAGUUUAGUUUUUCACGUUUCAUUACUCAGGUUUAGCUAUUUUUCGUACAAAAAAAGUAAACCUAAAAUUUUUGAAUUCAAAAAUGUGAUGGAGAGAGGAAUCAGAAAAAUUCUCACUUUCGUAAAACGACAAUUUGCAUCUAAAAUUUUCGGGAAUACUGAAACCCUUAUAAUUUCGAAAAGACUUAAGUUCCCCUAGGAUGACCGAACAGACACAAAUUUUAUAGCGCCGCUUGGAACGCAUUCCUAAAGAUCUAAAACUACUCUGCAUAGUCUAAAAAGUGUUUUAAUGUAUUUUGGAGGAGACGGUCGAUGGGUACUCUUGUUGAAAACGCGCUUUAAAACGCAAGUCAGUCGCACAAGAAGUUAUCCGUGCGUUUGACCGCAAGCGGGACGGUGAAUGAGAACCGCGUAAUUUAUAUCACAUAUGCCAAACCUAAACACUAAUGAGCGAGAACAAUAGUUGGGUUCCGCUUUCCAGAGUAUUAGUAUAAAUAUAAGUCUGUCGCAUCGUCCAUUUUCAAGCUUAUAAACUGCACUAUGUUUCAUGCAACGUACGAGAAUAAGGAGGGUCCCCACACUGUAUCUCUGUAUAAAUAUAUGAAUAAAAUAAAAUAAAUAAUUAAAUAACAAUUUGGAGGUAGCAUAUCCACAUAGUGGUUCUUCGUCUACCUGAUUCCUGGUCGAAUUGGAAUUAGGACAACGUAUAAACAUCAUUUAACGUAUAAAUGUUCAUGAUUCUGUUCAUGUAUAGGAUUUAGUUGCCAUUUAACUGCACUUCAAUUCUUGUUCGCUCCCGAAUUGUGGCAGGCACUCAUUUCAGGCGCUGCUCUGUUAUCCUUUCUCUCAGUUCGAGAGUGAUGAAACGCAUUUUUUCUAGUGUUAUAAACUUAAAAGUUACCCUGACAGUCCGGAAACUUCAGCUCAUCCUCAUGCAGUGCAAAAAAUUGUUUAACUCACAAGUGACGUAAAACGAACGAAAUAAAGAAGUCAACACAACAGAAACUAGAAAAAAAAGUGGAAAACAAAGAAAAAGGUUCUUGCACCGAGGUAAACCCCAAAAUUCAAUAAAAAUCCAAGGUCAUUUGUCAAAUAGGGAUAGUACAACAUGAACGUACCGGCCAGGAGGUUUGAUUUGGAAAGUCAUAACUACAGAGGAUUUCCUUAUUCUAUUCCUUCGUUGGGUUGCUCGUAAUGCACUUGACGGUCCUGAAGGGAUUGCUAUUGCUUCUUAAAUUAGAAGUACGGUCGUGGGGGGCGAACAUUUGAGGAGCUGUGGUUCGUUUCCUCCAGUCACUCUUCGUGACAUCUUACUCCUCCACUGCAAACUCCAAAGGAACUACUAUAUUGUAUCAGUCCAGAAGAAUUGUAUACAUCUGCACGUGGACAGAAUUUUCAUAUUUUAACUUUUUCAGUCUAGUAGCUUAAAAGUAAAAUGGAGGUUCUUUAUUUCGAUCGCCUUAUUUGGCUUGAGAUAUUGCUGUUACUGAACUGAAUCCUGACUGAAAUAUGAAUUGUUGUUGAUUUUCCCUUGAAGGCUGUCACGCUCAGACAAAUCAAACAAAGAUUGAGCAGACUCUCAUAAAGGCCUUGUUUAAAAAUUACGACUCUGAAGGAAGACCAGUCUUGAACCUGUCGGAACCUGUUUUGGUGAAGUUUGGAAUAGCAUACAGUAAUCUUCACAGUUUGGUAAGUGUCUGCUUCUUCGUUCAACCUCACUCAAAUCCCGGUUUACAAUCAACAGCUAGAAAUCAGGAAGUUGUCAUGAAUAUUUAGGCAACCAGGCUAUCCUUUUCCAAAGUUUGCUCGUUUGCUAGUCUCAUGGUGUUUUACUUAUUUAUAGUUUUUUGUAACUUUGGUAGUAAAAAAGAGUACCAGCAGUGAGACGAUUAUGUGUAAAAAUGAUAAAAACAUAUUCAAUGACCUUAACAUGUGUUGCAGUGGCAGUAAUCUUGCUUCAUAAUUUAGAAUUGUUGUUUUUCACGUUCCACUAUUCGACUGCCCCAAAUUAAGAAGUCAGCGUUGUUGAGGCAUACCUAGAAAAAUUUUAAAACUCAAUGUACUAUUCGGAUGCUUCUUUUUCUUCCCCACCCCCCCCCCCCCCCCCCCUCCUCUCUACCGCCACCUUCCUUUCUUCUAUAUUUGCUCAAAUGCAGUCGAACUUUGACUGCGAUCUGAGAAGAGAAAUUGGCAAAAGUAACCCCACUGCUACUUAGCUUGACACUUUACCAAUAUGUUGUAGAUUUACCAAAUACGUUGGAAGUUACCAAAAGAAUCCUUUUAAUAGAAACUAUGUGUUGGGUGUUUCCAUCAUGGCAAACCUUUAUUUUGGCGUUGUGGGUGGCUUAUUGGUUGUUUUGAGAAACAUAAAAACUGUAGACUUUUUGGCGACGUUUUUAAAACACAAUCUUAAUCGGAAGCGAAGCAUUUUAACGCAAAGAAUCUCAUUAUCUUGGCAAAAUCUAUCCAGAUUACUAACCAAUCUCUGUAUACAUUCUUGCCCAUGUUUCCACUUCAUGCCCAAUUAAAACUCAGAAAAAAAAGCAAAAUGUCUGAGCUAUUUGACCGCACCCAUCGAUCAUUAAAUUACACUUUGGCGGCCGUGUUUCCUAGAUUUUUACCUGUUUUGGAAAGCCUCGCUAUGAGAGUUACGCCCUUUGAACUUUAGGCUUGUUCCAGACUCUUACGUCAUUCAUUCGAAUCGUUAAAUUGAAAACCUUUUUAUUUCACCUGUAUAUAGGUUCAGCUGCUACCUUAAAUGAAAAAACUUUUGCCUUAACUAGUUGCAAAAAUAUAUUCAGCAAAGGCAAGAAGAAGGUCCCUUUUUGGACUAAAACAUAUUUUAUCAAAAAUAAUCAAAAGAGUGUUGUCAUUUACGUACACAAAAACAACAGAAAGAAUAAAUAGAAUGGCGGUAAUCAAUUUGUUUCGCCGGUGGGUGCCAGCGCUAAUUUAUGAUCAAUUUAGUCGUACUUUCCGUUUUUUUUUUUUAAUUAAAUGUCGUUUCCUGGUUAUUGUUCUUACAAGCUUUACUGUGUGUUAUCUGCGUGACUUUCCUGUUUUUUAGGUCGAUCAAAUGAAUCUAAUUUAGUGAAUCCCUGGAAGGCAAUUUUUACUGCAAUGAAAUAAAAACAUCUCUUCUUGAUAAAUUUGCUGUCCAAAGGCAGGGAAAGUUUAAAUUAACUAUAAAGAAUUAGCACCCCUACUCAAAGACGUUCCCGCCUUCUCUAAAAUAUUAGUCAUACGGUGUUCGACAACCCGACCAUUAUAGAGGUCAAUAGUAUUUUUCGUGUACAUAUACAUAUCUAUAAAAUAAAUAAGAUAGUACGCAAUUUCUGAUUGGUUAAAAACCUAUGGUUUAUUGGGCCGGUAAACUCAUAGGAAACUUAAAGUUAUUUUGUAAAAGCAAUAGACCACACUUUUCUAUGGGUUUACCGGCGUGAUAACCCACUUGGGAUGUUGGGAGAACACGAGAAAAGCUUGUAAAUCACGAGCCGAAGGUGACUGAUUUACAGAAUGAUGAUAGAAUGAUGAUCAGAGAAAGAAUUCCCAAUGUAAACACCCUUUUUUAUCUUUCUUAGGAUGAGAAAAAUCAAGUUUUAACAAGUAACGUGUGGAUAAGACAGGUUGGUCAAGUAAUCUUCGAAGCUAAUAGACAAAUGAUUAGUAAAUUACAUAGCUUUCGCCGUUUCUCUGGAACUGAUUUGGGAUAUUUAUCGAUAAAAGCUGAUCUCAGAAAUUUACCUCAAAAAUACUGAGAAUGAUUUUCUUGGAUUUAAGUGGGCUUCAUUUAAAUCAGUUUUGCAAUAAUCUAUUUAUUCCAGUCAAAUCGAAUUUUCAAAUAUUAUUGCUGAAUAAUAACCACGACUUUUCCAAAGGUUAUCUAGCCAUGGACAUAAACCCGAAAAAGUUAUGGGUCAAACCUUGUCAUAGAUAGCUAUUAAAUGGCCAUCUGCGUGAGAGGCAAUUUUAGAGGUGGACACUUUUGCCACGCGAACUUGGUAACGGAAUUUUAGGAUUCCUCUUCAACAAACUAUAUUUUCGUACCCUUCCUUUACAUCUGGGGCAAGGCGUUGUCACGGACUAGUAAUCCAUUUAAGGGGUUGGUGCGAGGGUCGCAUAAAGGCGCCUUAUACCAUCCAACCAGUUAGCGCACCGUGGCCGAAUUAUAACUCUUAACUUCUUAUUGUUAAUCAUUGCAGCAAUGGCACGAUCCGUGGUUGUCUUGGGAUCCUGCAAAGUACAAUGGACUUAAAUCCAUCAACAUCAGUCCUAAUCUGGUUUGGAAGCCCGACAUUAUUCUUUAUAACAGGUUAGGAAACGCACAUGUAUAUUGUAUAUUGUCCAAUACGCGAUGCAGACAUGCAAGGUAAGGUAAGGUAUGGCUGAGAGCUGCUCAUUCCGUGUCCAAAAGAGCAUUUUUUUGGAAGUCGAAGGCAGAAGCUGGUCAUCCGGAUUCAAAGAAGCAAUUAUUUUAGUAGAAUACGAGGUAUUUUUACUGUUAAUAUUGUAUGCUUAUAUUGGCAUUUUUUUUCUUUCAAAGCGAAAACUCAUAAGAGUUGAUUUGUAACUUCUUUGCAUUGGUUAGAAGAUUAUUGUUUCGAGUUCGCGGUUAGUUUGUAACGGGUGCUCCACUAUUAGGUUCGGCUAAAUUUGUAUAUUAUUUAUUUCCCACAGCGUCAACGAGGAAGGAGAUCGCGGUGAACAGUACCUAUUCGACACCAAAGUUAUCGUCAGCAGUGAUGGAACAGCCACGUGGUUCUCUCCUAAUCUCAUCCAAAGCUCCUGCAAAAUCAAUGUCCGAUAUUUUCCUUGGGAUACACAAACUUGCAAACUCCAGUUCGGCUCGUGGACAUUUGACGGGUUAAAACUUGACAUCGUUUUCUAUGGAGAUGCUCCAAGGGCAGAUCUAAGCUCCUUCAUUCGGAAUGGAGAAUGGAACCUACUGUCGGCUGAGGGGAAGAGAAACGUUCUUUACUAUAGUUGUUGCCCAGAACCUUACCCUGAUCUCACGUUCGAAAUCAGAAUCCAACGACGAACAUUGUUUUACAUAAACAACUUGGUUGUUCCUUGUAUUGUUUUGGCACUUCUCACAGCAACAGCGUUUCUGUUUCCGCCGGAAACGGGCGAAAGAAUCUCCCUGAUGAUCACUAUUCUAUUGGGAAUGACUGUGUUUAUGAUUGUAGUGGUGGAAGCCAUACCUUCCACAUCCGAAGUCACCCCACUUAUCAGCACUUACUUCUCUGUAGUCAUGGUGGUGAUUUCCUUGGGUCUCCUGUGCACGUGUAUCUGUCUCAACCUUGAACACCAUCACCCUAAAAUGGAGCUAACCGGUUGGUGCCGGUAUAUCCUGUUUGACCUGAUGGGACCUGUUUUGAGCAGGAGCUCGGUGAAGAGACUCAAGAGAAAACAACAGGAAUACAACAGAGAAAUUAAACUCAGCGCAUGUUAUUUGAAAGAAAACCAAGUCGCACCAGAAGAAGAUAAAAUUGCUAUGACCGAUGUUUCGCAGACCGAAAUUAAGAACGUGAAAGUGGUUGGGAAAGAAAUAAAAGUCGCGGGCAUGGAUAAAGUGACCAAGUUCAUCGAUAAGUCGUUAUCUGAAGACAGAAGAAAACUGGAAUGGCACAUUGUCGUGAACAUAAUUGACAAUUUCUUUUUCGUUGUUUUUCUUCUUACUAUUACGGUUUGCUCGCUGAUAAUUUUGAUGCCGAACACCGACAGCUAAAAGCAGAUUGUUUUUAAUGAUUAUCCAUGUACGCAGGGUUUUUAGUGACAAAGGCGUGGUGUUUAGACGACGAUUUAUAAAUCUUCAAUUUAUUAGGCAUAUUAUAUACUAGAUUAAAAUCCCACCCUCACCUCUCGCUGGCAUAAGGAAGUUCCCGAUUACUGUAGCAUCGUCAUCGUCAUCAUCAUCGCCAUUAUCAUCAUCAUCAUCAUCAUCAUCAUCAUCAUGUUUAGGGUGUCCUGUGUUUGACCGAACAUAUAAGACAAAAAAAAUUGUCUGUUGCGUGGCCCAGUGCGAUCCCAAUUCGGUUGUCCUGUGUCUUAAAAAGUCUUAAAAUAAUUAUAGUUUUUAUUUUUGCAGUAGUCGGGGUACGUUGACUUGCAUGCGGUUAAAAAAAAUAGCGAAGUUUUGAGCUUGAAGUUGGUGGGAAAGAAGACUUAGCAAAACUGUGCAAGCUUUUCCAGUGGCGAAUCCAGGGAAGGGGCCCCGGGGGGCCCGCCUCCCCCCCCUUAUUUUUAGACCAAACUGAGGCCUUAUCUCAGGGUCUGGAUGACCGCA